GUAGCGGCUACUCUGACUCAGUUGUCCGCACGGAGGCUGACGGAGCCCCGCCGCGUUCGUGGCGCUCACGCUUCACGUGUUGAUAACCGAAACUUUUUUGGGACUGAAACUACCGAGGGAUUAUUACUGGAAAAAAAAAAAAAAAAAAACACGCACGGUGUGACCCGCCGUCGCACGUAAGACAUGGACUCCAAACGCCAGAGUGUGACUCCCAACUAACCCCAUUUCCACUCUCCGUCAGAGCCAGAACGUCCAGAACACUUUCUUGAUUUAAUUUGGUGAUGGAGCGACUUGUAAAUGAGCUGAGUUCUCUGCUGAAGAUGCUGGACCACGAGACAGUCAGUCCUGCCACGGCUGACAAGAUGGCCUCCAUACGCAACAUCCUGGACUCAUUGCAGCUUUCAGUCAAUGGAUCAGACGUCUACAUGAACAGCUGUCUCUAUGGUAACGGCACCAGCUUUGUAGAGUCUCUGUUUGAGGAUUUUGCAGACUGUGAUUUGCACAUGCUCAGUGCAUCUCCAGUGGAGCAGAAAGAGCACAAAGAGGAAGAGGAGAAGACUCAUCCUAAUAAAUCUACACCUACCGACACGCCCCCGCCUCUGCCAUCCACCCCCCUUCCUGAUGACUACUAUGAAGAGGCUGUUCCUCUGGAUCCUGGAUCCGCCCCUCAGUACUUUACCACCAAUAUGAACACUUCCAGGAACUCAGUGGAGGAUGCUUACUAUGAAGAUGCAGACAAUAACUACCCCACCACCAGGAUUAAUGGUCCUCCCAAAAACUCCUACAACGACUCAGAUGCUCUGAGUAGUUCCUACGAGUCUUACGAAGAAGAGGAUGAGGAGGCAAAGGGGCGGGACCAACCUCAGAGAUGGACGGCGGAGGAGAGCUCAGAUGGACCAGUUAGAGACUGCCGCAUCUGUGCCUUCCUGCUUCGAAAGAAACGCUUUGGCCAGUGGGCUAAACAGCUAGUCGUUGUGCGAGACAAUAAACUGCAGUGUUACAAGAGCAUCAAAGAGAGCACUCCCCACACAGAGCUCCCACUGAAUCUGUGCAACGUCAUCUAUGUCCCUAAGGAAGGCAGGAAAAAGAGACAUGAGUUGCGCUUCUCCUUGCCUGGCGGUGAAGCUCUAGUCCUGGCUGUUCAGAGUAAAGAGCAGGCCCAGCGAUGGCUCAAGGUGGUGCAAGAUGUUGGCAGCCAAUGUAGCAACAAUGAAGGACCAGAUGGAUCCACUUCUCCAAUUAUACAGAGGAAGUUGGAGAUUGACAAGGUGCUGCAGUCUGAUCGGCAGGCAUCCGACUCCGACAGCGGGCCAACAGCAGACUGUCAAUCCACUGCACAUGUACCAGGACGGGACACCACUGACUCACUCAACCGGGGGAAGCGCGGAGCGUUCUCUGAGCUGACGGGGUCAAUGAGCCGAGCAGCAGGGAAGAAAAUCAAUCAGAUCAUCACUUUCUCCAAAAGGAAACCACCUUUACCUGGAGAGCCUCCCUCGGCUUCUGGUCACCAUGACAACCCACGCUGUGGCUUCCUCAGUGUGUGUCUGAGCGGCUCUUGGAAGGAGCGUUGGUGUGUGGUGCGAGGAGGAAGCCUGUACCUACAGAAGGACCCUGGAGACCAGCGGCCCCCAGUCAUUGUGGUGCCACUCAAAGGGGCAGAGGUGGUGCCAGGUGGCCUCGGCCCCAAACAUCCCUUCUCCUUCCGCAUCCUGCAGGGAGGCAACGAACUGACAGCUUUAGAGGCCAACUGCUCGGAGGAUCUUGGCCGCUGGCUUGGUGUGUUGUUUGCAGAGACUGGGAGCACCACUCUUCCUGAAGAGCUGCACUAUGACUACAUCGAUGUGGACACACUUACAGACAUACGGCAUGCUGCCAGACACUCUUUCCUUUGGGCCACCACCACUGCUACUUCCUCGAGAAGUGCCUCAACAGACUCCAGAACUUAUGACGAGGUCUAUGAAAGUAUUGCGGACGAGGAUGUCGAGAGCAGAGCAGGCCUGGUGAGACGCCACGCCUCCUUUUCUAGCAGGGACUCGGAAAAAACUGAACAGCAGGCCGCCAUCAAGAGACAUGCCUCCAAUGUAAAUCAGUAUGCGCGGUAUGGGAAGACACGAGCAGAGGAGGAUGCCAGGCGGUACUUGACACAGAAAGAGGAGCUGGAGAAGCAAAAGGAAGAGCUCAGAAAUGCACUGAUUUCCCUCCGCAGGGAGAAGAAGGAGGUGAAGGAGGAGAUGAGGAGUGGCACAGGUCAUAGUGUGGAACAGCGGUUAGCCGAGCUGGAGACACUGUGUAAACAGAAGGAGGAGGAGAGGGUGGUGCUGGAGCUCCAACUAACAGAAGUCAAAGAAAACCUUAAGAAGUCAUUGGCUAGAGGAGCACUGGGUCCACCCGCUGACACCAAGAUGAGUGUCAAGGCACAGGGCAGUAAAGUUGAAAAGGUUUACAACGAGACUGUCCCAGUGAACUCAGCAUCUGAGCUCCGUAAACGCCCUCCGUCUCUUUACGCCUCCUCCAAGGGUAACGUCAUGCAGAAGGCAAAGGAGUGGGAGUCAAAGAAGGGGACCUAGACAUGAAUGGAUUGACAAGAUGUGGAUUCGUGGGAAGAAAAAAACGGAGCUGUGACGGGAGGGUGUCUAAAGGAAGGAACAGAUGAAGAGCAAGAAAAAGUGGCACUGAGAAGUAGAAGAAGAGAAGGGGGGGGGGCAGACUCUGACACAUUCUUCCCUCCUCUUAUCUAAAGAAAAAUAGGUAUCUUUGCAAGUACAGGCAUCAUGGUGCUGUCUCAACCACUGUAAAUAUGACAGACUUGACUGAUGUACCAGUACAGUAUUAAUGUGGAUCACUAUGAACAUGAAAUUCAUAUGUUUGUGUGAGUUUGCAUGUGUGUUUACAUUUGCACAGGGCUGCAGAAAGUGAAAAUGUGAUUAUUUCAUAGAGGAGAGUAGCAAAGGGAGAGUGUGGUUCAUCAACACUGUGAGUUCAGAGAUACGGACGAGACUUCCUAUCUACACCCGCAGAUUUUAUUCCCUUUUACAUGAUAUUUAUCACCGUAAAAUGAAAACUACAGUAAAAAAAAUGUUGUUACCUUAAAUUAUCCAUAUUAGUGAGAGAAGCAUCUCACAUUUUGUGAUGUGUAUUUAAACCAUUAGGAAGAUAUAUUGAGUAUUACACUGUUCCUAAAACCAAUGAGUAAAUGUUUAUUAUUACAAUGUAAAAUUAUUGGUUUUUAACCAUUAUAUGUGUAUUUUUUCAUAUUUGCCUUUUGCACUUUAUGUUGUAUUUUGUGAUUACACAAACGUCUUUGAAAUUGGCCUUUGCACCCGUCUUAGCAGAAUCGUUUGAGGAUAAAUACACCCGUCUACUUUCCCUGCUCGUCACAGAAAUAUGAACAGACACACACAUGUUGGAGUAAAUGAUUACUUUUAUCAAGGAGCUUUGUCUACUGUACUGUGUAAUUGUGUUUCUUUGUUUAAAUAUUUGUUUCUUAAAUUCCCUCCACUGGAGCAUUUUUGUUUCAGCCUGCUACUUCCUCCCAGGAUAAGUUUACUGUAAGGAACCAACAGCAGCAUCACAAUUCUGAGCCAUUGUCACCAUCUAGUGGCACAAUUAAAUUCUGGCACUUGGUGGAACAUUGUUGCCGUGUCCAAAUUCUGUACUUUUGCAGAAAUCAACAUGCUUAAGCAGUUUGCACAGAGAGGAAAUUAUUAUACAAUAGUUACAAAAAUUGUAAUUGUCAGUGUUUGUUUUCUGAGGCUUUCCUACAGCUGUCCCACCACCAUCACCGUCCACUAUUAGUUUUAAUUUUUUCCAGCUGUGGGCAGUUCCCCCAUUUCCUUUGUGUAGUGCAUUGUGAGAGAAUAGUGUCCGUCGACAGCACACCCACAAUUAUGCAUACUGACUUUUUUGAGUAUACUUUUCCAGUGGAAACACUAAAUACUUUACUGAAAUAAUACAAAGAACACAAGUUCUGCUACUUUGCUGUGUAUGGAUUGGAACUGAUCAGUCGUGUUACAACGGAUGUCUUGGAAAACUGGCCACUGAUUAAGAUGUAGCCAGAAGGGCACUGGCACUUGAAAAUUAAAGGGUCAAUUCACCCAAAUCACUUUUUAAAAAGAAUUCUCACAUAUCUCUAGUGGUAUAUGGGCAAGCAGAUAGUUUACAUUUGGUUUUCCCAGGUUUUGAGAUAUCUCUGAGACUUCUCAACAUUCUAAAACUGAGAUGAAUGGAAUUUCAUUAUGGUGCACAGUAUUUUUUAAGAAAUAC